CAAAAUGGGCCAUUUACAUAAACGACUAUUAUAAUCUCUCUCCCGAGAUCGCGUUCACUCUUUUCACGCUUUUCUCUCCCCUCUCCGUAAUGAAGAAAUGGUUUUUGGUCGCUGCGACGGUGGCGAUAAUCGCCGUAAUCGCGAGGCAAGGCACCGGAUGGAGCAAGGAAGCAGCGUUAGAAGCUUUGAAAGGAUGGUCGGAUCGGCUCGGGAUUUGGGCGAUUCCGACGUAUGUAGCGGUUCACACCUUAACCCUAGCUCUAUGCCUCCCUCACGCCGUCUUCUUUGAAGCUGGCGCUUCUAUUCUCUUCGGCUUCCUCCCUGCUCUUGUCUGCGUCUUCUCCGCUAAAGUCCUCGCCGCUUCCUUCUCCUUCUGGAUCGGCAGGUUUGUUUUCAAGAGUUCAAGCAAAGCAACAGCGUGGGCACAUAAUAACAAGUACUUCAACAUUCUCUCAAGAGGAGUGGAGCGAGAUGGUUGGAAGUUUGUUCUACUUGCAAGGUUCUCGCCCAUCCCUUCUUACGUCAUCAACUACGCCUUAGCAGCCACCCAAGUCCGGUUCCUAGCUGAUUUUCUCUUCCCUACCGUUAUUGGUUGCCUCCCCAUGAUCUUGCAGAACGCAUCUGUUGGUAGCCUCGCUGGUAUGGCUGUGGCUUCAGUAGCCGGAAAACCAAAAACUCAAGUCUGGGGCUAUGUCUUCCCUGUACUUGGGGUACUCUCAAGUGUUCUGAUUACAAUGAGGGUCAAAAAGUACUCAGCUGGGAUUACAGAGGCAUCUUCAGACACCUCUCCGUCUGCCAACAGCUCUAGUUUAGCUUCGUCUGGAACCGUGAAUCCCGCCUAUGGAACCAAGAAAAGCGAGUGAUGAUACAUAACUUGAUGGUUGUUUUUUGGUCUUCCAAUACACCUUUUUGUCUGUCAGCAAUCAGAUUCUGAACACAUUGCUUAAUUUUGGGCAAGUAGGCAGUAUCUUAAAAAAAGGAACAGGAUGUUAGUUUUUGUUGUUCUUGUUUGUAAGCUUUGAACAAAACUCUACACUUUCUUGACUUCAAGUUUAAAAGCUAUCAGUACAUAAAACCCCUUGAAGUUUGGUAA